AUGAAGGAUACAAAAUUAUCCGAGUGGAAGUAUUUAAACUUGGUAAAUUUAAUAAAAAAAAUGGAAUUGUGUCAAAAGGAUUUGUUGGAAUAUAAAAGAAUGGAAAUAAAAAUAGGAAAACAAAAAGAACAUAAACAAAGUAAAGAAGAUAAACAAAGUAAAGAAGAUAAACAAAGUAAAGAAGAUAAACAAAGUAAAGAAGAUAAACAAAAUAAAGAGGAUAAACAAAAACAAAAUGAAGAGGAUAAACAGAACAAACAAGAUAAACAGAACAAACAAAACAAACAAGAUAAAGAACAGAAAAAAAAAAAGAAAAAAGAAGUAUUACACAAAAAGAUAAAGUGUAACAAUAAAACGAAAAAUAAAAAUACUUUAAGGAAAAACGAAAAAAUUAUCCUGCUGAAAAGUAUAAAAAAAAAUAAUUCAAGAAAAGGUCCCGUAACUUUAAGGGGAAAAUUAGAUGAGGAAGAAAAAAAAAAUAAAAUAAUAAAAAAAAUAAAAAAUAAAAUAAAAAAAAAAAAAAAGACCGAAUUCUCUAAAACAUAUGUACUAAAAAAAAAUAUUAUAACAAAUAAAAAUGAUAUGAUGAACGUAUAUAAUAAUUCUAUGAAUGAUGAUAAAUUCUUUUUAUAUUCGAAAAAAUUUAUAAAAAGAAAAACAAGAAAGACAUUUAAAUCAAAUAAGUAUGUAACAAGUGUUCCUCAUCAUGUAGAUAAUAAAAGAAAAAAACAAGAACAAAAAAACAAUAUUAAAAAAUAUAAUAUGAAUCAUAAUAACAUAUUAUGUACAUCAUCUACAAAUAAUAAGUUAGAAAUAAAAAAUAAUUCAAACGAUAAAUAUUUUAAAUUAAAAAAAAAAAAAAAAAAAAAAUAUAUAUAUAUAUAUACACACAUGAAUCCUAAAAUGUCACAAAAGACACAUACCUUUGUUAUUCUCAAUUCUUCUAAACAGAAAAAAAAUGAAAAGAAAAACAAAAAAAAAAUUCAUUUGAAAGUACAAGGGAAAAAAAAAAAAUAUGUACCCAAUUCUUUAUUUCAUAUAAACCAAAAGAAAUUAUAUCAAAACCAUAAGAAAAUAUAUGGAAAAAAUAAAAUUAACAAAAAUGCUCUUUACAAAAUAAAAUAUGUAAAAUGUAAUAGGAAUAAUAUACCAAAGCAUAAAAUUUAUUUCCAUAAUACACACAAUCACAAGAAACCAUCCCAAGAUAAACAUAUUAAGCUGAAAAAGUGUAGAGCUCUUUUGAACGCCUUAAAUCGUACAAGUUGUAUAAUUUUUACAAAGAAAAAGAAAAGGGAAAAGAAGUACAAAAUAAAUAAAUAA